CCCAGCACCUGUGCUUGGCUGUCAGACAGUAACAAAUGUGACUCUCCUUCUAUCUGAGCAGAGGAACAACGGGCUUGUGACAAAAGGACCCUAAAUGUUGGGAAUGGAGGAAAGCUAUGAGACAUUUGAGGAGGAGUUAGGGCCACCGAGAGCAAAUCCUCCUCCACAGAAGUCUGUUCGGCAGAGCAGCAGAGCAGAAAUGUACAGCGCAAGAAAAAUCAGAGAGGAAAUGAUUCCAGGCCCUCGGGACCCAAGAGUAGAACCCAAGGCUUUAGCCAAAGAUGCAAGUCUACAUACAGCAUCGUCUUUGUCCAACCAGAAGCUGACCCUGAUGGAAACACCUUGGGAGAAUGUGACUCUGAACCGCUGCCUAUUUGUGGCCAUUACCAUCUUGGUGCUCACGUCAGGCUUUCAGAGGCUCCAUGGCAAGUAAACCCACAGGCACAAGUAGGACCAGUGUUACAGAACGACGUGCCGUAAAUGGGUGACCUUCUUUACAAUAAAACAUACAGAAACCUUGCAUGGUCAGGGGAGAACGGAGGAGAUGGAGGAAGUCGGACUCAGAGCGAAACGAUCAGGCACCUUAAGGCACAGAGAGAAAAUGCUACAGACAGAGACUUCUCUAUGGGAAGUCAUGUUUUGGUGGCUGCCAGACCUUGAUGAUGAUGAUGACAAGGAGGAUGAGGAUGUCAAAGUCAAGAGAGGCUGUCUGUUGAAAAAAACAUCACCAUCACAGAGAUCAAGUGGACUAAGAAAUAGACCAAUGCUAGACAAAGGUUUGAUGAAGCAAAAAGAAAGGAACAAGGACAAAAGAUCCAAAAAGGCAAAAGAUGAAGCUAUAGUCAGAAAACAGAGAGAGAAAAAGAAGGAACCUGAGGAAGCAGCGGAGGAUAAGGACACAAAUGGAGAGGAUCAGAAUGAGAGCUGAGGAUCUGAAGAAAUGCAGCAACAAGGAGAAAGAGAAGACAAAGAUCUGAUUCUCUUACCCAUAGUAAACUCAUUUAGUCAUAUUUUGAGCUAGUAAAAUUGUAAGGUUUCAUGUUUUAAA